AUGAGUUUUGCUGGCGACCUUUACAAAAUGUUGCCAAAAGCAGCGGACAACAUCUUUCCUGCUCACCUAUCGGCCAUCUCGGCUGCCCUUGGCCCUAGGACUCGACUCGGGGCCAGAGGGAACAGAGUCCGGAGAUGGCCCAGAAAAAAAGGAUAAAUUAAUGGGUGAAAAAACCAAACCAACGGGAAGAUUAAGGACGUGAUUUCUGAUAUUGAUCCUCUCACAAGGCUGAUUUUGAUCAACGCGAUCUACUUCAAAGGAACCUGGAAACAACAGUUUGAUCCCAGAGACACAGCGAAGGGAAUUUUCACAAUGUCCUCGGGUGACACCAUCCAGGUUGAUAUGAUGAGAAUGGAAAAUCUAUUUCUCAUGGACCGCAAUGAAAGCCUCAAAUGUCAAGUGCUGGAACUGCCCUAUCUAAAAGGACACAUCAGCAUGUUAAUUUUUCUACCCUUUGAAGCUGAUGGGCUGACAUUCCUAGAGGAAAAACUCAAUUAUGACACACUCAACAAUGCCUUCUAUCUCAAACCACGACAAGUCGACGUUACACUACCGAAAUUUGUCAUGGACUCCACUUUUGCAUUAGACAAAGUCCUGCCGUUCCUGGGAAUGGUUGAUGCAUUUGAUGCGAAAACUGCUGAUUUUUCUGGCAUGUCUGCUUCUGCUGAUCUGUACAUCUCACAGUUCGUACACAAGACGUUUUUAGAUGUCAACGAAAAAGGGACUGAAGCUUCUGCAGCUACAUAUGCAUGCGUGUGCUUAGGUUCCAAACCGAUAUCUCGACCAUUUGUGGCUGACCACCCAUUCCUGUUCGUUAUCCGUGACAAGAGCGUGAACAUGAUCCUAUUCAUAGGCAAACUGGAAAAACCAUAAACUAUCAUUACAUACUCUGAAGUCGCACACUACCGAGGAUUUCUUAAAGUAGAACAUCACAAUGUACUUUUUUUUUUUUUAUACUUUUCUUUGCAUUUGUGAGUGAGUGAUUAUUAUCUUUAUCUCGCGGACUAUUGAAUUCUAACCCUGAGAUUGUUGAUUUUAAUCAGAAAACCUCUUGUAACCACAAACUGAAAUAAUAGUCAAUUAUGUAGCAGUGUUUCUGCCAGAAAGAAAUGUUUGGGUAUGGAUGCUAUGAAAUUGAAUAUUUACAAUGUGUAUACUGAAUGUGAUAGGGGGUAAAGGGGUCUCCCCUAGAAAGAAAAUGGGUUAGGGUUAAGAAAAUCAUACAUUAAUAAUAAAGGGUCAUUAAUUUUGUCAAAAGGUCAACUUUAAAAAUAAAAAAAUCUGUAAAUAAUUUGGGUAUGGCGCCAUACCCAUUUCACCCUCUGCUAAACCCCGUGUAGGUACCGUCGGUUAACAGUUGUCAGUACAGUUGCUUAGUAACAAGACGUUAGUUAUUGAUUUACUUUCAUGAUUAACUGAAUUUUGCUUAGAUUUAUAUUCCAUAUUUUGAACUUGUGCAUACUUUUUCAUUUCUUUGGUGAAAUUCGAGCACAUUUAUUAAUUUUUCAUCGUUUACAACUGUGGUGGCAGUACUCAUGGCGGGUGCCACUGGUGGGGCAGGAUAUGCUCGCAUUUCGCGAACACCUGACAUCAUCACUGUUACGACAGUGAUUCACGAGUGCAUGUCGUCACAGCUGUACAUAUUCUAAUGCACUGUGUCCGGUGCUAAUCUCGAUUUAGUAAACUAGUCUUAGAGUGGCAGUCAUGUUUGAGACAGUGCAAGGACAAAAUCUCCAAUAAAGGAUCUUCUUGGCAGUGGCUGUCCUCCUAUAGACGAGGGACUAGGUAGAGAUGCAUGGAGUCGACCACUGUUUUGCCAAAUGCUCAUUUGUCUCUGCACUGUGCAGAGAUACGACACUGAUGAUGUAUUACAUUGUUGUGUCAUUCAGAUUUAUAUCUAAACAUUUUUUUUCAACAGUACCCGUAAUGUCUUGUGAUAUAGCUGUCUAUGCUAGAGAUCGUUAAUUAAAUAUGUGCUA